GGUCCCGGCAGCCCCGACGUCGCCGCCGCGCCGAAGCCCCUCACCCCCUCCCGCCUGUCCUUCUUCAGCCGCACCCCCGGCGGGACCCCCCCCGCCUCCCCCGGGACCCCCUCGGGCAGCCCCCGCGCCCCCCCCCCGGUGCGGUGGGACGAAGUGUCGGAGCUGGACGGGAAUUACCUGGAAUACCUGCGGGACGCGCGGAGCAGCAUCGACCGCUGCGCCUGGGCCUGCCGCGUCUGGUCCGCCCCCUACGACGGCGACCAGCCCGGGCCCCCCCCGCCCACCCCCCGGACUAAAAAACGGGGCUUACCGGAGGAGGGGGCCCCCCCGGCGCCCCCCAGCAGCACCGAAGCUGGGGCAGGGGGUCCCGGACCCGAGGACACGGGGACUCUGGUCAAUGGAGCACACGAGCCGGCCGAGCCCCCUGGGGGGGACGUGGUGGUGAAGAAGGUUCGGCGCAGCCCCCAGGGGGAUGGGGAUGGUGAUGACGGGACCCCCCCCCAAUCCACGGCACAGAAAGGGCCCCCCCGGGCGGGCUGGGAGCCCCUGGGCUCCUCGGUGGACUCGCUGCUGGAGGAGCUGCUGGCCCGGGCGCCGGCCGAGCCGCAGGGCGGGGGGGUCACCAUCGAGACCUUCACCCAGGAGCUGCGGGAGAUCGAGGCUGAGAUGAAAAAUGGGGGGGGGGGCGUCCCUGCCCACACCCCCGGAGAGCAGGAGGAGGAAGAGGAGGAUGACGAGGAGGAGACCUUUGCCCUGCCCGAGGUGGGGGCUUCAGGACGGGGACCACCGCGGCUACUGGACCCGCUGGCCCAGCUGGUGGCCAGCCCCCCCCGGCCCGUGGGACCACCCCCCAGUCAGCCCUUCACAGGCCCCUUCGUCUCGGCGCUGUUCUCCAAGCUGGAGAACAUGCUGCACAACUCGCUCUAUGUCAACUUCCUGCUGACCGGGCUGGUGGCCCAGCUGGCCUCCUACCCCCAGCCCCUGCUGCGCUCCUUCCUGCUCAACACCAACAUGGUCUUCCAGCCCAGCGUCAAGUCCCUGCUGCAGGUGCUGGGCUCGGUGAAGAACAAGAUCGAGAGCUUCGCGGCGGGGCAGGAGGAUUUCCCAGCCCUGCUGCUCAAGGCCAAGAAGUACCUGAUCGCCCGGGGGAGGCUGGACUGGGCUGAGCCCCCCGGCACCCUGCCCGCCCUGCGCCGCCCCGACAGCCUGGCGCGGAGCCGCCGCCCGUCCCUGGGGGAGCUGAUCCUGCGGCACACGCAGAGCCCCGCGCGGGCCCGCCCGGCCCUGCCGACCCCCCGGGAGGGGCUGGGGGGGGCGGGGGGGGGCCACGGGCAGGCCCUGCGGGUCAGGAACGCCGUCUACUGCGCCGUCAUCUUCUGCGAGUUCCUGAAGGAGCUGGCGGCCAUCGCCCAGGCCCACGCCGUCACCUCCCCCUUCCUCACCGAGCCCCCCGAGGAGUGACCCCCCCCCCCCCCCGCCCCCCCUUCCUGCCCUGGCAGGCAGCUUUUUAACCACCCCCCCCACACACACACUCCUCC